AUGGAGAUGGAUCCCCAGAGACAAACAGGGGCGGCGGUGCCCGCGGAGCCCCCGACUCACCCGUGCCGGCCGCGGAGCCGCUCCCCGCCGCGCUGCUGGCUCAGGUCCAACCCUUACCAAGCCAGCCUGCUGCGGGACGGCGUGCGGAGGUACCUGCAGCUGCCAGCAGACCAGACCGUGCUCAUCCUGCACGCCAAGGUCGCACAGAAGUCGUACGGCAACGAAAAAAGGUUUUUCUGCCCCCCACCUUGUGUUUACCUGAGCGGGCCAGGAUGGAAGUUAAAACAGGAGCAGAUAAAAGCCAGGGACCUGGGAGAGGCUGGAUUUCGGGUGUGUGGGUACAUGGGGCUGGACAGCAUGGGCAGCAGCCUGAUGGAGACCCAGAAGCUCAGCUUUGAGGAGCAGCCAGAUGCAAAGGGGUUCAGCUGUGCCAAGGCACUGUACAUCUCGGACACGGACAAGCGCAAGCACUUCCGCCUGGUCCUGAGGCUCUUCUUCAGCAACGGGCAGGAGAUUGGCACCUUCCACAGCAAGCUCAUCAAGGUCAUCUCCAAACCCUCACAGAAGAAGCAGUCACUGAAGAACACGGACCUCUGCAUCUCCUCGGGCUCCAAAGUCUCUCUCUUCAACCGCCUGCGCUCCCAGACCGUCAGCACCCGGUACCUGUCUGUGGAGGGGGGAGCCUUCAUCGCCAGCGCCAGGCAGUGGGCAGCCUUCACCCUCCACCUGGCCGAUGAGUGCUGCCCCCGGAGCGAGUUCCCCCUGCGGGAAGGGUAUAUCCGCUACGGCUCCGUGGUCCAGCUGGUCUGCACGGCCACCGGCGUCACACUGCCACCCCUGAUCAUCCGGAAGGUGAUGAAGCAGUAUGCCAUGCUGGACGUGGACGAGCCCAUCUCCCAGCUCCACAAGUGUGCCUUCCAGUUCCAAGGCAGCGACCGCAUGUACCUGUGUCUCUCCACAGAGAAAGUUAUCCAGUUCCAGGCAUCUCCCUGCCCAAAGGAAUCCAACCGGGAGCUGCUGAACGACGGCUCGUGCUGGACCAUCAUCAGCACGGAGACGGUGGAAUACACCUUCAGCGAGAGCCUGGCCUGCGUCCGCGAGCCCGUCAGCCCCGUGCCCCUCAUCGCUGCCCUGCAGCUCACGGGCGGUGGGGACGUGGCCAUGCUGGAGGUGCAGGGGGAGUAUUUCCACACACACCUCAAGGUCUGGUUCGGAGAUGUGGAAGCAGAGACGAUGUACAGGAGCCCCAAGUCCCUUGUGUGUGUUGUCCCUGAUGUCUCUGCCUUUGGCAGUGACUGGAGGUGGCUGCGGUAUCCCCUCACUGUCCCACUCCUGCUGAUCAGGGAUGAUGGCCUCAUCUACUCCAGCUCUUUCACAUUCACCUACACCCCGGAGCAGAGCUGCAUCCCAGGGCAGCAGGUCCUCUCAGAUGUCCCCCAGGACUCAGACAAAUUACUUGACAGCAUCCAUCAGGAGUUCACCAGGACUAACUUCCACCUCUUCAUGCAGAGCUAG